GUUGUUUUCUUUUCUUUGACUUAUCUGUUUUGUAGUUUGAAUUGAUAUUUUUAAUUUGUUUUCUGGUUGUUUUUAGUAUUACUGGUGUUGUUGUUAUUGUUUUUAUUUUUGUUUUAUACUGAUCUUUUGUUAUUAUUAGGGUGAGCAGAAGGUCUUAUUUCUCAGUGUGUUUGGUAUUUGAAGUUUGUAAUAUGUGAAUUACAAUUUCUCGUUUUCUGCCUUCUGUGGUUUGUGUUUGCUCUUGUGCAUGCGAGACAUUCUUGGAGGUUCAGGAAAUUUGAGCUGUUGACUCUUCUAAUUGAGAGUUGUGACAUCUGAAUAGAGUGGAUAUUGGAGCCUUAUGAACUAAGUGCUGUUGGUACAUAAAACUGUUGUGGUGUUAGUGUAUUGUAGCAAAUGUCCUUCCGCAGCAUUGUUCGUGAUGUGAGGGAUGGAAUUGGAAGCUUGUCAAGGCGGAGUUUUGACUUGAGGUUUUCUGGUGGCAGCAAGUCGAAUAGUUCAGUCCAUGAGGUGCAUGAACGCCCUCCUGUUAUACAGAAUAGCAGGUGGGCUAGCCUUCCCCCUGAGCUUCUUCGCGAUGUUAUUAGAAGAUUGGAAGAAAGUGAGACAACAUGGCCUUCUCGGAAGCAUGUGGUUGCAUGUGCUGCAGUGUGCAAGUCCUGGAGAGAAAUGUGCAAAGAAAUUGUUACCAGUCCUGAGUUCUGUGGGAAGAUUACUUUCCCAGUCUCCCUGAAGCAGCCUGGUUCAAGGGAUGGGGCCAUUCAGUGUUUCAUCAAGAGAGACAAAUCUAAUCUGACAUACCACCUAUUCCUUUGUCUGAGUCCUGCAUUGCUAGUUGAAAAUGGAAAGUUUCUUCUUUCUGCAAAAAGGACCAGAAGAACGACUUGCACAGAGUAUAUUAUAUCAAUGGACGCUGACAACAUAUCAAGAUCCAGUAGCACUUACAUUGGAAAACUGAGGUCCAAUUUUCUUGGCACCAAGUUCAUAAUUUAUGAUACACAGCCUCCCUACAACAACGCUCAAUUGUCUCCUCCAGGUCGAAGCCGAAGGUUUAAUUCCAAAAAGGUUUCUCCCAAGGUUCCUAGUGGCAGCUACAAUAUUGCCCAGAUCACCUAUGAGUUGAAUGUCCUUGGUACUAGGGGCCCCCGCAGGAUGAACUGCACCAUGCACUCAAUCCCUGUUUCAGCCCUUGAGCCUGGUAGCACGGUGCCCGGCCAGCCUGAGCUUCUUCCGCGUGUGCUGGAAGAUUCCUUCAGGAGCAUAUCCUUUGCUAGAUCAAUUUACAGCUCAACUGAUUUUAGCAGUUCUAGGUUCUCAGACAUAGUUGUGGCAGGCAAUGAAGAGGAGCAAGCAAAGGACAUGCCUCUGGUUCUUAAAAACAAAGCUCCAAGAUGGCAUGAGCAGCUGCAGUGUUGGUGCCUCAACUUCAGGGGAAGGGUGACUGUUGCAUCUGUAAAGAAUUUCCAGCUGAUUGCUGCAAUACAGCCACCUGCAGCCGGUGGUGGUGCUCCUCCACCACCACCGACAUCACAGCCACCUCAGUCUGAUCAUGACAAGAUUAUUCUUCAGUUUGGCAAGGUUGGCAAGGACAUCUUUACUAUGGACUAUAGAUAUCCCCUUUCUGCAUUUCAAGCUUUUGCCAUUUGCUUGACUAGCUUUGACACAAAACUGGCUUGUGAAUAGUGACAUUGAAGAAUGGUACAAAGACAAUAGGAUUCUAUCACCAUUUAUGUAAUACACUGGGCGGUGAAGAUGCAUGAAUUCAUAAUACACCACAUAGUUUAACUGUAAAGAACAGAAGAACCUGUGCUCAAUGUAUUUUUUCUUAUAUGUUUUUGCU